UCACUUCGGCGAAUCUACCAAGGUAGCGGGGGAUGUUACCGAAGGACCUUAACGUCUUCUUAGCGCCGGAUCCUAACACAAGCCGUGCUAGAAAUAACCUAUACGAAAAGCGUACCUAGUCGUCAGCUGACGGAGGAAUGUAGGUGGACAGGAAGCUCGCUUUCAGGACCCCAAUGUUCAAGCUCUUAUAGCCUACCAGUUAACUUAUAAGUAUGACAGCUCCUUCAGGUUGGAGUUAUGUCGGUUAUUGGUAGGGCCGUGUUAUUAAAUUACUUUUAGCCGAAUUAUCCAAAUGGCCAUCUUAACAGUCCCAGUCUUCUGGGCCCUGAUAAGCCUUUUUACAUGCUCAGUUUAUAGUGUUCCGUCUGCAAAGCAACCUCGCCAAUCUGCGGGGUGUACUGCAGAUUACUUUAACAGCAUCAUUCCUACUGGCGCCUCGAUCGAAUCGGUGCAGCAUAUCACCUCGGGGUCUUUCUCGGAGAGCGGGGACAUAGGUUAUCCGUCGAUCGCCUCCGGGCUUCCACCUCUUUGUGCGGUUAUCGUUAAGAAUGAGACGGAAAAUUUCCGCUUCGGAUUAUUUCUCCCAGAUAAUUGGAACUCGAAGCUUCUUGUCGUAGGGAGUUAUUCAUUCCUCGGUGGAAUAAACUGGCUCGACAUGGGGCCAGGAGCACAAUUUGGUAUGGCUAGCCUGUCAACUGAUACGGGACAUAGCUCUGGCCAAGGGGACUUGACAUGGCCAACUACCGAUCAGCUUAGGGUUAACUGGGCCUGGCAGGCCUUGGAGGGCUCUAUCAUCCUUGGCAAGUCGCUCAUCCAAAGCUUCUACAACGACAAGUCUAUCGCCUAUUCGUACUUCAGCGGUUGUUCGACUGGUGGUCGUCAGGGACUUAAGCAAAUCCAGAGAAACCCAUAUUUUUUUGAUGGGGCUCUCAUUGGAGCUCCUGCGUGGGACACGAUGGGCUUGAUGCCUUGGAUUUCGGCCCAAGCGACAUGGAACCUUCCAGAGGAUGCUCCGGGUAGCAUCAGCGACGUCAACCUGUUCUCGCGCCUCCAGCAGGAAGUAUUGAAACAGUGUGACUCUCUUGAUGGGGUGCAAGACAACAUAAUUAGCUCGCCGGCAGCUUGCAGAGCCAAUUUCGACAUUAAUCAGAUUAACUGCGACGUGACGACGAAUAAGACGUAUUGCUGGACUCAGGCGCAAAUCGAUACGGCGCAGAAGAUAUAUAGCGAUUAUGUCACCUCGACUGGGAACUUCGUGUAUAAGGGAGCGGAGUACGGUUCUGAAGACACGUGGUCGACUUUCCUCUUUCCUGCCGACAGCCCAACCAGUACGAGUAAUGUAAGGCGGGUAUUCGAUGCGGAAUACGAACGAACAUUUAUGGGCUACGGCGCCGAUUGGCAGAUAACUUCAUACAACGACUCGGUGGUCUACGAUGCCAGGACACGCGAUCAAAACUCGGUGCAGGCUACCGCGGAUAAGUAUGACCUUGGUAGUUUCAGGAACAAGGGGAAAAUAAGUACGUACAAUUAAAAUAGCCUUUCUCUUAAACCAUGAUACAGUUCUCGACAUUGUGGUCGCUCACAACCUGCAAUGGCUAACAUCUUGUACUGCAGUCAUGUAUGCAGGUCUCGCAGAUGCCGUGGUGCCUGUGCAACAUACGGACCUGUACUAUAAUAGAACGGUCGAUGCUAUGGGGAACAUUGACGACUUCUUUCG